AUGAUGUACGGAUCGGAGACUUGGGCAGCACCAACAACGGUUAUGGAGAGGCUUGACUGCACGGAACGAAAGCUGCUUAGACGGCUAGUUGGCUACUUUUGGCAUAGGGUAUGUCACAAUCAAGAUCUUUACGCAGAAAUUGAUGUGGUAUACCGGCGGAUGACACGUGGAAAACAUCAACAUCUUGCACCGCCAUCGAAAGUGGCUAAAGUAAAUCGUCUUCGCCUCUUUGGUCAUAUAUUAAGGAGACCGGCAGAUCGCCUUGUUCAACGAGUUCUGAGGAGUUCGUCGGGUUCGAGCUAG